AUGGGUUUAGCUAUUGUACCUAAACCUGAUCCAAAUCAUCCACUUCGACGACGUCAAAAUUAUAUUGAAUUACCUAAAAUCAUUCCAUUUAUUCGUUCACAUCGAAUGCCACCAAUACCAAAAGUGAAUCAACAAGAUAAUAAAAAUCAACUAGAAAAACCAUUGAAAAAUUUUGUUGAAGAAAAUAUUAAUAAAAUUAAAAAUUCUUUACCAAUAUGUCCACGUCGAUAUGUUGUUUCGGAUAGAAAAGGAAAUAAAUUUCUUAUUGAUGGUAGUGGUUUACAAAAAGAUUUUAUUUAUAAAAAAAAUUAUGGUAAAAUUCCACGUUAUCUCGAAGCACGUAAACUAGUACAUGAACAAUCAAAUUGUAAUUCUGAAGAUAGUUCAAUGAUUAUGUUACCACCGGAAGAACGUCUUUCUCUUAUUAAUAAUUUAAAAGAUCGUUAUGAAGAUAUAUUUGCCGAAUAUCAACGUUUACCGUUACGUCUUGAAACAAUAUCAGCUAUUAUGAAAAAAACAUAUUUAACUAAUCAAUUAGUUAAUAUUGAACGUGAUAUUGAUUUUCUUGAAAAACAUCAACAAAUAUUUAUUGUUAAUAAUUAUUCUGAUAUUAACAAAGAAUAA